AUUUGAACUUUUUUUUAGAGUCUUGGAAAUUCACAGAGGGAAUAUGAAAAGCAGGUUGUCUUGUACAGCAUCCGCAAUCAGUUACGAUACAGAAAUAACUUAGUUAAACAUGUCAAGAAAGAUGAACGCAGAUACUAUGAGGAACUACUAAAGUACAGCCGAGACCAUCUCAUGCUGUACCCUUACCAUUUAUCAGAUAUUAUGGUAAAGGGCCUGAGGAUAACACCAUUUUCAUAUUAUACUGGGAUUAUGGAGGAUAUUAUGAACAGUGAGAAAAGUUAUGAUUCCCUGCCCAAUUUUACUGCUGCCGACUGUCUAAGGCUUCUUGGCAUAGGAAGAAACCAGUACAUCGACCUGAUGAAUCAGUGUAGAUCGUCAAAAAAAUUUUUCAGAAGGAAAACAGCUCGUGAUCUUCUGCCAGUAAAGCCUGUAGAAAUUGCUAUAGAGGCUUGGUGGGUGGUGCAGGCUGGAUAUAUCACAGAAGACGACAUAAAGAUAUGCACUUUGCCUGAGAAAUGCGCUAUUGAUAAGAUCAUCGAUGCAGGCCCUCAGCUCUCUGGAUCACUAGAUUACAAUGUAGUACAUAGUUUAUAUAACAAAGGAUUUAUUUAUCUGGAUGUACCAAUAUCCGAUGACAGUUGUAUAGCAGUUCCUCCUCUUGAAGGUUUUGUAAUGAAUCGAGUGCAAGGUGAUUAUUUUGAAACUCUGCUCUAUAAGAUAUUUGUUUCAAUAGAUGAGCAUACUAAUGUUGCAGAGCUUGCAAAUGUCCUUGAGAUAGACUUAUCCCUGGUGAAGAAUGCUGUUUCAAUGUAUUGCCGAUUGGGCUUUGCCCAUAAGAAGGGACAAGUAAUAAAUUUGGAUCAACUUCAUUCAUCGUGGAGAAAUGUUCCAUCUAUAAACAGAUUAAAGAGUACGUUAGAUCCGCAGAGGAUGCUGCUGUCCUGGGACGGUGGGGAAAGCAGGAGUCCUGUACAGGAAGCGUCGUCGGCUACUGACACCGAUACAAACAGUCAGGAGGAUCCAGCUGACACAGCCAGUGUAAGCAGUUUAAGUUUGUCUACAGGAUAUACAAAGCGUAUUGCAUUUCUGUUUGACUCAACUCUCACUGCCUUUUUGAUGAUGGGAAAUCUUUCACCAAACUUGAAAAGCCAUGCAGUCACCAUGUUCGAAGUUGGCAAACUCUCAGAUGAGUCUCUGGACAGCUUUCUUAUAGAACUGGAAAAGGUUCAGAGCACUGGUGAAGGAGAAGCACAGAGAUAUUUUGACCAUGCACUUACUCUGAGAAACACGAUACUAUUUCUUCGUCACAAUAAAGAUCUAGUUGCACAAACAGCACAGCCAGACCAGCCCAAUUACGGUUUUCCUCUGGAUCUCUUACGCUGUGAAAGCCUUCUUGGUUUGGACCCUGCAACUUGCAGCAGAGUUCUAAACAAAAAUUAUACACUACUUGUUUCCAUGGCUCCUCUCACCAAUGAAAUUCGGCCUAUCAGCAGCUGCACCCCUCAGCAUAUUGGACCAGCUAUCCCGGAAGUCAGUUCUGUCUGGUUUAAACUGUACAUUUACCAUGUCACUGGGCAGGGACCACCAUCUCUUUUGCUGUCCAAAGGUACAAGACUUCGAAAACUGCCAGAUAUUUUCCAGGGUUAUGAUCGAUUACUAAUAACAUCUUGGGGUCAUGAUCCUGGGGUAGUUCCUACAUCAAAUGUGCUCACAAUGUUGAAUGAUGCUUUAACACAUUCGGCGGUUUUGAUUCAGGGACAUGGCUUCCAUGGGACAGGAGAAACUGUCCACAUACCAUUUCCAUUUGAUGAGACAGAACUACAAGGAGAGUUUACUCGUGUCAAUAUGGGUGUUCAUAAAGCAUUGGAAAUAUUAAGGACUAAGGUGGACUUGCAGCAUUUUUGUGGCUAUAUCACCAUGUUGAAUGCUUCGAGCCAACUUGCAAGCAGAAAACUCAGUGAUGCUUCUGAUGAGAGAGGUGAACCUGAUUUGGCUUCUGGCUCAGAUGUAAAUGGAAGUACAGAGUCGUUUGAAAUGGUUAUUGAGGAGGCAACUACAGAUUUAGCAACUAAGCAAAACUCUGUUGCCACAACAGAAGCAGAUUGGGUUCCUCUCGAGCUAUGCUUUGGAAUUCCACUGUUUAGUUCUGAAUUAAACCGGAAAGUUUGUAGAAAAAUUGCUACCCAUGGCCUUUGCAGGAAAGAGAGCCUUCAAAACCUCUUACAUUCCAGUAGAAAGCUUUCUCUACGAGUCCUUAACUUUGUUCACUCAUUCCAGGAAGGUGCUUCAACACUGGAUAUCCACACAGAGGCCAGCUUUUCAAGUUUGCUCUCCCAGUCAUCCCAAGCAGAUCUGGGAGUCCCACUGCCCGCAAAGAACUUAAUAUUUAAAGAUGGCAUCUUAUCAGAAUGGAGUGGACGGUCACCUUCCUCACUGCGUAUUGCUAGUCUCCAUUUGCAAUGAUUUGGUUACACCAUUUGUUGCUCACACUUUCUGCCUUUUUUCUUUCUUAAGGUUAGCUUUAUAGUGCCAGCCACUAAAGAAGCAUCCUGCCGCUGCCGUGCGAUUCAUGCUUACCUGAUGUUUGAAGUUUGGGGGACACGUUCACGGUUUCUGAAGUUUUCCUCAUCGUUGCACCUCCUAAUGCAACCAAGAGCUUUUUAGCAGCCUGCGCUGUAUUUUUUACCUUGAGACAAUCUGCAUUUCUUUUAUAAAGCAGGAUAUACUUUAUAGGCUUUAUGAUGACUGUUAUGUUUAUAAGCGGUCACUACGAAUAUUGCGGUGGUAAUUUUAUAUGUUAGGUUAUCAAACGUAAAUCUUGUUUAGUUUUAUAUUUUGUUACCUACUCUGUAGGGGAUCAUGGGAAGAGGGGAACUCUUCCUCUGCGAAGGCUUCUUGGUACUUCAAGUAGCAAAACUAUGAAACAUACACACCCAGGACUGAGAAAUGAUGUGACGGGGCAUUAAGAACUCCUGUGGCUGUCUGUAAAUUAUGUAGAUCAGUUGGACAUUGUUGAAGGUAUGUCAGUCAGCAUAGUUCUAUGUAACUUACCCUUGAUUUAUAAGGUCUUAACUCCGACUCUGACUCUACAUUAACAUCUCAUGAGAAGCUUUGGAAAGCAUUCUAUUUUUAAACAACAUUUAUAUGUGGACUUCUGUUGUCACUCACUUUGGACUUUAUAUUUUCAUAGAGUCUUUCUGGAAAAAUAGAAUUUAUUUUCCGUUCUUGUAGCUGUGGCUGCUGCACAUUUUCACUGUGACUUAUUUUUUGUUUGUAGUUUUACCGAUUAAUUGUUAUGAAAUUGAAUUUGAUGUUCUCAAACCAAGGGUUAUGAUUUUAGGUUAGAAUUAUAUAAGAGAAGCAUUAAAGCUAUGUCUUCUGAUCAAAAUACUUUAGUGAAAAGCCUACUUUGAAGACAUAAUGAGGUAGUUUGGAUCUUAAAUUUAUGUGAAUAGUUCGGGGAGGAAAUGAUAAAGGAAAAUUGAGUAUUUCAAAAUGUUUCUUAAGUCAUUGAUUCUUUUAGUGUCUCAAAUAUUAGAAUAAUUGGAAUCACUUUUUAGAUUUUUCAGGUUACCUUGGGAAGUUUGUGCAGUGUUAUAGUUUAGUUUAGCUCUUCUCCUAGGAUAACGGUUUGCUAGUUUAAAACUGUAACCAAAUGAACUGAUCUAAGAACAUAUAUCUAAAACACUUAAGGCAUUAGAAAAUUUGGGAAUGCUAAAACCUAAACUUUCUUGCUGAUAAUUUUUGUUAUUUGUAGAACUGAUAUUUGUGGAUUUUAACAUACUUCUGGAAAUAUAUGCCUUUUUAAAACUGUUAACAUAACCAUGCAUUCAGCCCCAUGGCCUACCCACAGAAUUGUAUCUUUGGAGCAGGUUACCUGUGGCAAGUCAGUGCCGUGUUUAGGUAAAUGCAGUUAACUUUUAGUUUUCUACUUUCUCUCUUAUAUGAGGUAGAAAUCAGUGUAUCUUAUAAAUGUUUGUCUAUAAAAGGAAAAAUACAUACUAUUAAAAUAAUUUCUUAUGACUGUGAAUCACUCAUUCCCCCCAAUAAUUGAUAUUGGACAUUCCUAGUGCUAUUAGGUAUGUAUGUAACUUACAGGUUUUUCAACCAAAAGUUGAAAAUAUUUCAUUUGAUCAGGGCUCUCUAAUCUCAUUUGCUUUGUUUGAAUUAACUGUAGUUAUUUUAUUUAUUCCUGUAUUAUCAGUCUAAGUCUAUUGUAGUGACAUGUACACUAAUAAAGAAUCAGAUAUUUGUA